AGUAUGGCCUCUGCUGUUGGAAAAGGAGUGACCGCUUUCAACACCAUCAAAAACAUCAUUUCGGAACUGAAAAAGGUCGACAAAACAUUCUCCCCGAAUUCGGCACAAUAUAAAUACCUCAUGGAGCAAAUGAAAGCCGACCAGGUUACAACAAGAAGAUAUUCAAAAGCCGAGAACGAGUCAGAGAGCGUUGCAAAACUCUAUUUGAGCUAUAUUAAAGGAACCCGACAGCUUAAUGAACUUCAAGAGAGAUAUAAGGGUGGCGAGAAGAGUGUUGAAGAGGCUGCUGCUAUUGUUGGAUUGAAACUUCCAGAACAAAAGAAACUUUAAAAUACUUAAAAUUGUUAUUUCUUUCUCGAAUAGAUUAGAUUCCUGUUUUCUUUUCAAUCAAAAUAAAAUACUUCGUUUUU